AUGACUGGAAGGACAACCCGCUACUGGGACUGCUGCAAACCCUCCUGCGGCUGGACCAAGAAAGCGACUCUGGCAGCUGGCUCCAACCCGGUAACUUCCUGCGACAAGAACGAUAACCCACUCGACAACUACGAAGCCACAUCGGCAUGUCCGUCGGAUGGACUCUCAUACAUGUGUUCGAACCAAUCGCCCUGGGCCGUGUCCGAAACGCUUGCCUACGGGUUUGCAGCGACAAGUAUUUCCGGCGGCACAGAAGCCAGUUGGUGCUGUGCGUGCUAUGAGCUGACGUUCACGAGCGGGCCGGUCGUAGGCAAGAAAAUGAUUGUGCAGGCGACGAACACGGGGGGUGAUCUAGGAGCGAACCAAUUCGAUCUCGCGAUCCCCGGCGGAGGGUUCGGCAUCUUCAACGCCUGCACAGCGGAAUUUGGCACUCCCUCAACCGGGUGGGGCGCCCAAUACGGUGGCGUCCCCUCACGCUCACAAUGUGACGCUUUUCCCGAGAAACUAAAGGCGGGCUGCUACUGGCGCUUCGACUGGUUCAUGGGCGCUGACAAUCCCGCCGUGACUUUCAAGCAGGUCACUUGUCCGGCGGCUCUGACAGCGAAGACCGGGUGCGUGAGAGCGAACGAUGUGGUUGAUGAGGUGCCAACGGGUGCGUCGAAUGUGGGGAAGCAGAGUACUGUGGUGAAGAGUGGUAGUAGAGCGAGUCCAACGCCGAACUCGAGUCCACCCGGGGGGUCGGUGGUGCAGAAGUAUGGGCAGUGUGGUGGUGCUUCGUAUACCGGGAGUACGAGGUGUGUGGCGGGCACGAGUUGCGCCUUCAGUACUGAGUACUAUUCGCAGUGCCUUUAG